AUGAGCGACCAGAAGGACGUGGCCCUGGAGAUCCACGUCACCAACCUGCCCUCGGACCCCGCAGAGCCGCAGCGGGGCGCUCCCUGCCUGCCGUCUGGACGUGGGAGGACGGGGAGCAGAGCAGGCGCCAGGUCCCAGAGCUGCCUCGCUCCCCCCAGGUUCAUCAAGCGGAAGAAGUUUGACGAUGAGCUGGUAGAGAGCAGCCUUGCCAAGUCGUCCAGCCGGGCCAAGGGGGCUAGCGGGGUUGAGCCCGGCCGCUGCUCGGGCAGCGAGCCCUCCUCCAGCGAGAAGAAGAAGGUCUCCAAGUCCGUGUCCACCCCUGUUGCGCCCAGCCCGGUCCCAACCCCCGGCCUUGCCAAGCGGAUGAAGAAGAGCAAACAGCCCCUGCAGGUGACGAAAGACUUGGGCCGCUGGAAACCCGCUGAUGACCUUCUGCUCAUCAAUGCUGUGCUGCAGACCAACGACCUGACCUCCGUGCACUUGGGUGUGAAGUUCAGCUGCCGCUUCAACCUGCGGGAGAUCCAGGAGAGGUGGUAUGCACUUCUCUACGACCCCAUCAUCUCCAAGCUGGCCUGCCAGGCCAUGCGGCAGCUCCACCCCGAGGCCAUCGCUGCCAUCCAGAGCAAGGUGCUGUUCAGCAAAGCCGAGGAGCAGCUGCUGAACAAGGUGGGAUCGACCAGCCAGCCCACACUCGACACCUUCCAGGACCUUCUCCAUAAGCACCCUGACGUCUUCUACCCCUCGCGAACGGCCAAAGCCCUGCAGCUCCACUGGCAGCUCAUGAAGCAAUACUACCUGCUGGACGACCAGACUGUGCAGCCGCUGCCGAAGGGGGACCAAGUGCUGAACUUCUCGGAUGCUGAGGACAUGCUCGACGACAGCAAGCUGAAGGACGUGCGGGACGAGGUGCUGGAGCACGAGCUGACAGUGGCUGACCGGCGGCAGAAGCGGGAGAUCCGGCAGCUAGAGCAGGAACUGCACAAGUGGCAAGUGCUGGUCGACAGCAUCACAGGCAUGAGCUCUCCGGACUUUGACAGCCAGACGCUGGCUGUGCUGCGGGGCCGCAUGGUGCGAUACCUCAUGCGCUCCCGGGAGAUCACGCUGGGCAGGGCCACGAAGGACAACCAGAUUGACGUGGAUCUGGCACUGGAGGGACCAGCCUGGAAGAUCUCCCGCAAACAGGGUGUCAUCAAGCUGAAGAACAAUGGCGAUUUCUUUAUCGCUAACGAGGGCCGGCGCCCGAUCUACAUCGAUGGGCGUCCCGUGCUCGGUGGCAACAAGUGGAAGCUCAACAACAACUCAGUGGUGGAGAUCGCCAGCCUCCGUUUCGUCUUUCUCAUCAACCAGGACCUGAUCGCCCUCAUCAAGGCCGAGGCGGCCAAGAUGGCCCAGCAGUGACAAGGGACUGGGGCUGCUCUAGCCCGUCCCUCCCCUCAGCCUUACACUGGGAGCUUGGGGUUUCCCACAGCACCUCGCUGGGAGAUCGGGACCCCAACCCCUCUCCCUGCCUGCCCCCAGGCUCUGCCCCAGCCGAGGGACGGUGCUGGGCUCUGCCUGCCCCCCUUCUUGCCCCGCUUGGGCUCGCCCCCCCGUCCUGCCCCCGGCUCUGGCUCUUGGUGGGGCUGGAGAUUGUUACCCGCAAAUAAAGCGUUUUACACCAGCU